AUGUCCUCCCAGCCGAAGUCCAAUGACAGACGAUCUAGCAGCAUCAUCCACGGUGUGCCUAUGAUUGUAUUUAACCAGCAGCUGCUUGAAGAAGUUGGGAAGUUCUCCGAGACCAAAGAUCGUAGUCCACAUCAUGAAGUUCAAUCCAGUGAGGGCAGGCAGUCUCGACGAAGCCACCACAGAGCAGUGUCCCUAGGCGUCCCGACGGGUAUUCAUGACGCUGCCACUGUAGCUCGAGCCCAGAAAGUGCGGAGGAGCACGACUGAACACCAGUCGUCUAGACGUCCAACAGUCUAUAUCCGUCCCGUCGGGCCUGAACUCGUUUCCAUUAGCCAACCCUCUUGCACGGGUCUUCCUCCGGCUUGGUCAUCUGUUCAUGACCGCUUCAUCGCCUACCUGGCUACCCACGCUCCGCUGGACAAGAACGGGAAGGUUCAGCGGAAGGAGGAAAGUCGAGAGCGGUGGAAGGUUGAGGACAUUUCAAGGCUGGUGAUGGAUCGGUUUGAGGAGUUGGAUGGUUGUGACAGAGGGAGAGUUCUAGCAUCUGUAAGAGAACUGGACGAGUUUCCCCCUCUCCCACCGCUCUCCGUCGAUCGCAGCAGGAGGAAGGCCUCCACGAUGACAGGAUUGUCACUCAGCCAGUAG